AUGAGAAGAACCCUACUGAGAGCUCCCUUUUCUUUCUCAGCAACCCAUGUUCUUCCUCCGAGGCCUCCCCGUCCGUACAUCCAUGGCGACUCUUCAUCAGAAGCCUCGAGUUUUCACUCCACGUCAAGUUUCAGCUCAAAUCCCAGGUGGGUCUUCACCAACUCUCUUCCUCCUCCAGAAUGGGUAGAGCCUUUCAAUGAUGUCUCUGAUAUAGUAUCGAACCCACAAGACUUUGACCCAUCUCCAUGGGUUGCCCAAAUUCUCAAUCUUUUAGAUGGGUCUCUGAAUAUGGAAGCCAAUUUAGACUCUUAUUGUCACACAUUCUUGAUUAAAUUGUCUCCCAAUUUUGUUGUAUAUGUGUUAAAGUCUGCUGAGCUUCGUGGAAAGCCCGAAACAGCUAUGCGGUUUUUUGCUUGGGCUGGUAAGCAAAAGAAAUAUCAUCAUAAGCUUGAAUGCUAUGUGUCUUUGAUUGACCUUUUAUCUUCAUCUGGUGAUUUGGAUCGUAUUCGAUAUGUUCUUGCUGAACUUAAAGAAAAAAACUUUUUGAUGAAUUCUGCCGCUGCUAAUUCUUUGAUUAAGAGUUUUGGCUGUCUUGGAAUGGUUGAUGAGCUGUUGUGGGUUUGGCGUAGAAUGAAGGAGAAUGGGAUUGAGCCUAGUUUGUAUACAUAUAACUUUUUAGUGAAUGGAUUGGUAAAUUCGAUGUUUAUUGAAUCCGCUGAGCGGGUUUUUGAGGUUAUGGAAGGUGGGAAAAUUGUACCAGACGUUGUGACUUAUAAUACAAUGAUUAAAGGGUAUUGUAAGGCAGGGAAAACCCAGAAAGCAAUGGAGAAGUUCAGAGCUAUGGAGGGGAGGAAUGUGGAACCUGAUAAGAUUACUUAUAUGACUUUAAUACAGGGGUGUUAUUCAGAAGGAGAUUUUGAUUCAUGUUUGGGUCUUUACCAAGAAAUGGAAGAGAAAGGACUUGAAAUUCCGCCUCACGCGUAUAGUUUAGUUAUCAAUGGGCUUUGUAAAGGUGGGAAAUGUAUGGAAGGAUAUGCUGUUUUUGAAGAUAUGAUUCAGAAGGGUUGUAAAGCAAAUGUGGCAAACUAUACAGCUUUGAUCGAUUCAUAUGCAAAAUGUGGGAGCAUUGAAGGGGCAAUGAAGCUUUUUGAGAGAAUGAAAAAUGAUGGGCUCAAACCAGAUGUGGUAACUUACGGCGUUGUUGUCAAUGGAUUAUGUAAGAGUGGGAGAGUGGAGGAGGCCAUGGAGUAUUUUCAGUUUUGUGAAGGCAGUGGGAUGGCAGUUAAUGCCAUGCUGUAUUCUAGUCUGAUCGAGGGCCUUGGAAAAGCUGGGAGGCUUGAUGAAGCUGAAAGGCUUUUCGAAAAGAUGAUUGAGAAGGGAUGUCCACAGGAUUCAUAUUGCUAUAAUUCCCUUAUUGAUGCCCUAGCUAAAGGUGGAAAAACUGAUGAAGCAUUAGCACUCUUUAAGAAAAUGGAAGAGGAAGGUUGUGAUCAGACAGUUUAUACAUACACAAUACUCAUCAGUGGACUGUUUAAGGAGCACAAAAAUGAAGAGGCAUUGAAGCUGUGGGAUAUGAUGAUCGAUCAGGGCAUCACACCAACUGCUGCUUCCUUCAGGGCUCUCUCAAUUGGGCUUUGUCUCUCAGGAAAGGUAGCCAGAGCUUGCAAGAUUUUGGAUGAGCUAGCACCAAUGGGUGUAAUUCCUGAGACAGCUUUUGAAGAUAUGAUCAAUGUUUUGUGCAAAGCUGGCCGUUUCAAGGAAGCUUGCAAGUUGGCUGAUGGGAUUGUGGACAGAGGUAGGGAAAUACCAGGACGAAUUCGAACUGUUCUAAUCAAUGCUUUGAGGAAAGCAGGCAAUGCAGAUUUAGCUAUGAAGUUGAUGCAUAGUAAGAUCGGCAUUGGGUAUGACAGAAUGGGUAGCAUCAAAAGGCGAGUGAAGUUCCGAAUUCUCUUUGACAGUUGA